AUGAUGCUUGAAUUUAAGAAUGAGUUGAUGAGACAAUAUGAGAUGACAGAUCUUGGAUUGCUUCAUCACUUUCUCGGCCUUGGGAAGAAAUAUGCAAAGACUUUGCUGGACAAGUUUGGACUCAAGGACUGCAAAUCGGUUGCAACACCAUUGGCAGUGAAUGAAAGGUUGUCUAAAGUGGAUGGGAGUGACUUAGCUGAUGAGACUUUGUAUAGACAAAUGGUAGGAAGCUUGCUCUAUCUAACCGCAACAAGACCGGAAAUUAUGUUUGCAGCUAGUCUUUUGGCCAGAUUCAUGCCCAAUCCUACCAAGAAGCACAUGGGAACAGCGAAAAGGGUGCUAAGAUAUAUACAAGGUACUAUAAGCUAUGGCAUUGCUUAUGAGAAAGGAAAAGGAGCUGUGUUAAUUGGCUAUUGUGACAACGAUUGGAGUAGUAGUGAAGAUGAUAUGCGAAGCACAUCAGGCUAUGCAUUUAACUUGGGGUCAGGAGUGUUUUCUUGGGCCUCAAUUAAGCAAAGCAGUGUGGCUCUCUCCACUGCAGAGGCAGAAUACAUGAGCGCAGCAGAAGCAACCACUCAAGCUGUUUGGCUCAGAUUUGUGCUAUCGGAUUUUGGUGAAGAAGAGGUAGAACCAACUCAGUUGUUGUGUGACAACACUUCGGCUAUUGCUAUAUCAAAGAAUCCGGUUCAUCACCACAAAACCAGACACAUCAAUCGCAGGUUUCAUUUCAUUCGAGAUGCUCUUCAAAAUGGUGAGAUUGAUUUGCUUUAUUGCAAAACUGAAGAACAGGUUGCUGAUAUAUUAACCAAGCCACUAGCAAGGGAUCGAUAUGAGUAUCUAAGGAAGGCUUUAGGUGUUAUCUCAGCACAACACUUAGAAGGGGGUGUUAGCUUAUAA